AUGGAUUAUCUAUGUUGUGUAAAAGCUUAUUUUGUUUUACUAUACGAUAUGAUGAUAAUCCUUGUACGUACAUUGUGUGUGCCUUGCCCAGCGGCUGCGCCGUGCGCGCCAUCCGCUGGUAUCAAGUCCGGUCUACGAGAUGGAAAGCUUAUUGACGGCAAGCAAGAACAUCCAUGCCCUUGCCGAUCGUGCUGCUGUGGAAAAGCUCCUGUUCUUAAUCCGUGCUAUAAGCAGCCUAAGAUCCCAGAGUCCUACGCGCCACGACGCUGCUACAUGAAACCUACUGCGCCAGUAGAAUCGUGCACUACUUACAAACUAUCGUACUUGCCGGUCGAUGGCUGCCAGAAUCUUAGAGGCGUUCCAAGGAAACCGCCUCCCAACCUUGUGCCAAGCUGUGAGCCUAUGGAAUCUUGUACUGUACAGAAGCUUUCGUUCCUCCCGAAUCCAGUUUGCGUGACGCAGCCGAUCCGACCAUGCCACCACGAUAUGUGGGGACAGGGGCCAAUGCAAAACAUUACCACGCAGCGCCAUGACUUCGUGCCGAAACCGUGCGUGAUGCGUGAGAGCUGCAAGCCACCUGCAAAGUUCCACUGUGUAGAACAACCCUUUGAAAACCGAACUAUCAACAAACUGUCAUACCUACCGCCGGAAAAGAUAGAGUUGGUGAAAUCUUUUGCGCCGGAGCGAUGCUACGAGCGACCCGCUGCCAAGAUGGAGAACUGUACCACACAUAAAUUGAGCUAUUUACCUAACCCGGUGCAACCCAAGGAGCCUCUUCCUUGGGCAUGCAAGGGUCAGUACCAGAAACCCUGUCAGCGAAUAGAAGACAACACAACAUACACCCUAAGUUACCUGGAUGCUAAAAGCGACUGCCGACGACGGGCCAUCAUACCGAAUAGCUGCAUAAAUCCAGUCACCCCGUCCAAGCGAUUUGAAUCACAGACCAUUUACAAGAACAGUUAUUUGCCUGCCGAAGCCUCAAGACCACCACCAGUAAAACCACCGUCAAACCUAGUUCCGUCCACAGCCCAAAUGGAAGGAGAUACUGUUCACAAGCUGUCAUUCUUGCCCAAUCCGGUAUGUGUGACUCAGCUUAUCCGACCGUGCCACCACGACAUGUGGGGCCAGGGCCCCAUGCAGAAUAUUACCACGCAGCGCCACGACUUUGUACCAAAACCGUGCGCAGUUAGAGAGUCCUGCAAGCCGCCUGCCAAAUUUCAUUGUGUCGAGCAACCUUUCGAAAACCGCACCGUGAACCGCAUGUCUUACCUGGACCCUGGUCGCAUAAAAGUACCUGAAUCUUUCGCUCCUGUUAAAUGCUAUGAGAAGCCAUCAGCUAAAAUGGAGUCGUGCACAAUUCAAAAAAUGUCCUACCAGCCAGUAUGUGCUCCCGCUCCGCAACGACCGCCUUGGGCUUGCAAAGGACAAUACCAAAAGCCCUGUCAGAGGCUGGACAGCACUACUGUAUAUCGUUCCUCGUUCCUGCCACCUGGUGAAGAUUGCUCCGAAUAUAUAGAUCCAUGCUCUUAUGGAGACUGUAAACCAUGCGAAUGCAUAUGCCCGGCGGAAUGCAUAACGACAGAUCCUUGUGCGUGUAAUUUCCCAAAAGCAGCAUGCUGCAGUUGA